AAUCUUCAAAGUAAUCAAUAUUAAUUUAUAUAAAUAUAUUGUAUUAUAUUAAUAUUUAAUCAGAUAUUUUUAAAAGAUUACAUAUAUUUAAUUUGAGUAAUCAACAUGUCAGGGAUUCCGAUUCUUCUCGUUACUGCCAAUGUUGGCAGUAUUUUUGAAGAGCCUGGACUGAUGUUGAAAACAUGGACAGAAGAAUUUUUAUCAACUAUAUCUCGACUGGAUCCAAAAUUUAUAGCAUUACACUGCCAAGAAGUAGGUGGAAAAAAUUAUGAACAAAGUAUGCGGCAUGUAGAAAAUUUUGUCAGAUUACUUAUGUCUUCGGAAGAGCUAAGACUAUUCGACAAAGUAACUGUUUUCUUGGAUGAAGAUUUUUCAUCUGCUGAACACUUCACGGCCCUUGGAAAUUUUUAUUUCGUUCAUGAGUCAGUAAAGGACGUGUUCAUUUGGGAUUUUCAAGCAUAUAAAUUUGUCGUCGUUGCUGGCAAAGAAGUGCAUUCUGGAAAUAUUGAAUCAGUUUCAACAAAAGAGAAAGCGAAAUUUCCUCAAAAUUUUUUUCCUGAAUGCAAAUGGUCAAGGAAAGGAUUUUUACGUACACGAUGGAGUAUAAAUGGAACAGUAUUUGAUCUUAUAAACAUACAUUUAUUUCAUGAUGCCAGUAAUUUUAUUGCUAUGGAAACUUUUCCAUCAGUAUAUAGCAAAACUCGACGGAAGGCAUUAGAGCAUACACUGGAUAAAUUUCAUAAUGAUCAGUAUCCAAAUGUACCAUAUUUUUUAUUUGGUGAUUUCAAUUUUCGUACCGACACAUCUGGUGUUAUAAAAAAACUCACUGAAGAUACUCAAGAAAGUCAAUUAUCUAACAAAGGAAGUCUUUCAAAGUUGCAAUUUCGAAAUAAGGAUGAUAAUUUAAUAUUAACACUAGGCAAAAAAGAAUUUACUCAUUGUGAACAUCAAAAUGUUUUUACAGAAAAUAGUGCUCGAUGGUUACAAGAAUACGAUCGUGAACUUGAAGUUUUUGAAGGUAGAUUAUUUGAAUUUCCAAUCGAAUUUGUGCCAAGUUACCCUUUUGAAGAAGACAUUAGUCAAGGAAGUAAUUUUAUGCAGACUAGAGUACCUGCUUGGUGUGAUCGAAUCCUAUUAAGCCCGACUGCAAAAACUCUUAUCUCAUCUCCUGAUACGGUCAAGUACGGAAUUAUUGGAGCCAACACAUGCAUGGGUGAUCACAAGCCAGUCUAUCUACGGAUUUUCAUUACUUCGAAUGCAGGUACGAUAAAUUGUUGUUUGUCAUGUCCGCACUUGUGUUUCAAAGUGCCCAAGCAUUAUUUGGAGUUAUUAUCAAUGUUGCCUGGCUAUCGUAGUAAUUAUUUAAAUUUACAACAUAUUGAGCAUAACUCAUCACCAAAGCUUUUGCACGCAUUAAUGAUUGAGCAUGAUCCGUACACUCCGGACAGCAUGGAUAGUCCAAGUCCCAGUGCAUUCCCGACCUCAGUGGAGCCAGAUCAAGAUUACGAACAAAUUAAUAAUUUCGUUAAGAAAAAACCGUGUAAUGAAAAAUCAUUCAAGAUGGCGGUAUCACCGGCCCUUCUAAAAUCUAAGUUAGAAUUUAUUCAGAACGAACAAAAAGCCCAACGAGAAAAACAUCAUAAGAAUGUACUUGAAUCCAGAUGUGAUUCUUGGCCGAAAACACAUGGAUCUAAACGCCAGUACAAGAAGAAACAUCGGAGCGCUAAUGAUAUUUCUUCAACGUGCGGAAACAAUGAAAGUUCAGAAGAAUCUACAAUAUUUUCACUUAAUUCAAGUAUUGUUAGGAAAUCUAUUAGUCAUAUUGUGAUACCAAAAAUCGCUAUUAUCAAUGCAAGUAAUUUCCAAUCAAAGGAGAGCUCAGUAGAUUUACAAGAAGAAAGAUUGUAUAGUUUUAUCAAAGACCGAUCGAUUGGUAAAGACACGACUAGUGGUGAAGGCUCCAGUUUAGAACUCGACUUAUCAGAUAAAAAACAAGAGUAUCAAUCAGACAGUAAUAAAAUAUACUCUUGUAAUCAAGACAGUGGAGUUGAUACUUUGGAUACUGAUGAUAUUUUUUCACCGACAAAACCACUUAUAGUUUCUUCGAAUGAAACAACUCCUAGUUAUUCCUUAGAUUUAAACAAAGAUUUUCAUAACUUUGAAGAUGUUAUAAAUAAAAAUAGUGAAUUUGAAAUAGAAAUUGACGAGCUGGAAAAAAUUUCCGGAUUAACUACAAAUAUUCAAAAUUUAAUUUCCUCUACUGAACAGAACAUAACUUCGAAUAAUAUUAACAGAAGUAGUUCGAUAAAUAGCAAAAAUAGUUAUAAUGAAAAUCUAAACCCAAGUAAAUUAAAGUCCAAUAAAAUUACUCAGAAAAAUUUAAUCAGUGUACAUAAGUGUAAAAAGUGUUGCUGCGUUGUAAGUUGAUUUUUAGUUAUUAUAUUAUUAAAUUUAUUUAUUUUUAAUGUUACACAGAGAUUUAUGUGUGUUAAUAUCCUGAAAAAAAUAAAUAAGAUCUGGGUUGAUCUAUAAUAUGUAUUUAGAUUAACUUACACAGAAGAAAAAUAGUGGAAAAAUUACAGUUUCAAAUAUCAGCAAAGUCCCUCUACUUCGAAACUGUGAAAAUUACAUUAUUUACGAGACGUUAAACAAAACUGUAAAUUUUGAUAUUUAUUGUAAUUACUUUGUUACAAAAAGUAUAGUAUUAAUUAUUACAGUGCAAACUAUAAUACUUGUUUUUAUACGAGAGCAAUAUUUUUGCACUGAAUACUGUAAUUUUUCCACUGUUUUUUCCGUGAAGACAAAUUUCCAGAGAGUAGAGAUAAAUAGAAGAUAUUUUAUGAAAACGUAAAUUGACAUACAAAAAAAACGAUCUUUGGUACAAGAAAUAUUUUACAUUACGAAAACAAUAAUUUUCUUAGUGCUAGAAGUUAUUUCAUGAACCAAGAAAUUUUUGUUUUCAAUUCAUGAUUAAUGCAAAAAAUUUAUAGGGACCAGUAAAAAUUCUUUGUGUCAAGAAAUUAUUUUUUUCUGUGUAUCCUUAGAAUUACUAUACCUAAAUUUUGAAAAUAAUUUUAUGUACAAAUUAUCUUUACGUAUAUCUUGAUAGAUACUACCAAAGAAAAUAAAGUCAAAGCAAGUAAAUAAUGAAAAUUCUAUAUCAAUGCAUGAAUUAAAUAUGAAUUUUUAGUCACAUAUGCAAAUAUCUUUUCGAGAUACAUUUUUAAAUGUUCUACCUCAAAUACAAAAUAUAAACCCUUGACAAGUACGACAACAUAUAAUUUAGCCAAAAAUUUUAUAAUAAAAGAAGAAAGGGAAUAUGAGUUUUUUACCAAACAUUUUAUUUUCUUAUUUUUUUAUAUUAUUAUAAAUGUUUGUGAAAAAAAGUGUUGUUAAUAAUUACAAAAAAAUUAUCUUUGUACUCCAAAGUUUACGUUAAGUAAAAUCUAUUGAUAAUAUCAAGAAAGUUUAAAUGACUACGAUUAUUCUUCAUAAUUCAAAAUAAAUAGAAAUGAAUGAAAAGUAUUCGUAACCAAUACUAUAAAAUUUCAAAUGACUUAUCUCAUAUUUUUCACAAAUAUAGUAUUUAUGUCAAUUUUUUUUAAUUGAAGAAAUAGUUCAUUGCGAAGCAAGGGGUGAAAACACGACUUUAGAUCCCUGAUUUUAAAAAAUGAUUUGGAAUAAUUCGAAACAAUUUGAAAUGAUUUGAAUUGACUAAUAUAUAGAUAUACACUUAACAUGGAGAAAAUCAUUUUCCUUAACCGGGGAUAAGGGCGAAAUCGACUGUGAGCCGAAAACGAAUGCUGGCAUAACCCCUAAUUUAAAAUAUUGUUUAAUCCCGCGCCACGUGCUAUAUUUUGUCAUAUUACCUGCGUAGAAGUUGGAAAUUGAUGUCCAGAGCCAAUCGAAACAGACUGAUUUCGAACCGAUAGUGCGACAAAAAUAAUGCUGCAUAUAUGCAAAUUUGACAAAAAAAUGGUAUUAAGGAAAAAUUCAAUUGCCGGGUUAAUAUUUUGACCAUUUACGUAUUCCUGUCAAGGGUAACUAAAAAUAUUGAUGAUAUAACGUUAUUUAAUUUAUAAUUGUUAUAUAAUUUAUUGAAUAUUUUUAGCAAGAGCGUAAUAGUUUUACUAGAGAUGAACAAUGUAUUAUGUGUUAAUUAUAGAAAGGAAAGCAACAGUAUUUAUCGUUGGAACAUCGCAUGUGCAUUUAAUAAACUGGAGCAUCUUAGCUUUAAUUAGCUUCACUGUAUAUUUUUUACUUUUUUGACAAUUGUUUGAUUUUAUAACUUUCACAACAGUAUUAAGUUAUUUUAAUACAAUUGGACCUCAUUAAAAAAUUAUUUGUCUUUUAUUCGCACUAGAAAUGUCUAAUAGUUGGAUUAUAAAUUAUUUUAACAAGGCCCGAUUGUAUGAUUUUUUUUUUAUGACUACUGCUAACAAAUGAUAUUAACUUUAGAUAAAUUGCUUAUAACAGAUCCGAUAGAAUCUAAUAAGCGCGGAAGUAAUGUCAGUCUGUUGAAAAACAUGAAGAAAUUGACAUGCUGCAACAGCGGGGCAACAAUAA